AUGGCCGCGUUAGCCAGCUCCUUGAUCCGGCAGAAACGGGAGAUCCGCGAUCCCGUCGCCAGCCGCCCGGUCUCGACCCAGCGGAAGGUCUGCCCGCGAGGGACCAAAUCCUUAUGCCAGAAACAGCUUUUAAUCCUAAUCUCCAAAGUCCGGCUUUGCGGGGGCAGAAAAGGCCGGCUGGAGAAACCCCCAGACCCACAGCUGAAGGGCAUCAUCACCAAACUCUUCUGCCGGCACGGCUUCUACCUGCAGGUGCACCCGGAUGGCAGCAUCGAGGGCACGCGGGAAGACGGCAGCGGCUUCACCUUCUUCAACCUGAUUCCCGUAGGGCUCCGAGUAGUGGCCAUACAGAGUACCACAUCGGGACAGUAUGUCGCCAUGAACGCCGAGGGCUACCUCUACAGCUCCGUGAGUACCCCGACCCUGCGUGGUCCCUUGGACAGUGGGAAUGCGGGACCCGAUGUAAUAUAUCUUGUCUUCAGCAAAGUGGAAGCAAAAGAGAAUUCUGGGAAUUGA